AAGGAACCGCACGUUGACCCACAUUUCAACGGGUCGAACGAGGCAAGCCGGCACGAAGAAGAAACCACGGUGGUGGACUUUCUGAAAUGGGACACGGCGCUGCCUGGAGCUAAAUUAGCCGCGAUGUCCAAUAAGAGUAAGUCCCAGCCGCAGCAGCAGCAGCAGCAGCAGCAGCAUCCGCUGCACGUGAUCAAGUCAACGGCAGUGGAGCAAGUGCCGCCGCGUUAUCAGCCGCCUCCGCAGCCCACCAGCGGCAUCCUGAAGAAUCACCCUCACUUUGGUACAGCCGCUUCCGUAUCGACCACGGUAUCGACCGGCGUUCAAGGUCCGACGGUGACUUUGAAUCAUCAUUCCCAGACGACGCAACAACGAUCAGUACAGCAGCAGAAGGAUGCUCAAAGCAAAUACUCGCCGAGGAUAGAGCACCGGCAUCAUCCUCAGGGCGGUAACGCGGCGCUCGCGACGGCUGUUUCGAAAACCCAAUCGCACGGUUACCUUCAGGCCAAGGUCGGCCAAGGUCAGUACUUGCCACCUAACGGUCAGUAUCCUCCCACGGUAAAUCCCGCCCAAACGCCGCCGAUCAGACAGAGGAUCACCGACGACGAGUUCCUCAGACUCGGACCCGUGGAGAUGCUCAAGUUCGUUCGCAAGACCGAAACCGACAUCGCGAGGCUCGCCGCCGAGCAGAACCGACAGAUACAGAGCUUGCUGAGUGAGUUGCGUGCGUUGAAGGAGGCAAACCAAAGAUUAAGCGACGAUAAUCAAGAGCUACGGGAUCUCUGUUGUUUUCUGGACGACGAUCGUCAAAAGGGGCGGAAGUUGGCGAGGGAGUGGCAGAGAUUCGGAAGGUACACGGCGAGCGUUAUGCGCCAGGAAGUCUCCGCGUAUCAAAAUAAGUUGCGUCAGUUGGACAACAAGCAGCAGGAGUUGAUCAAGGAUAAUCUGGAGCUGAAAGAACUCUGCCUGUAUUUGGACGAGGAACGAGGAGGGGGUCAGAGGGACGACGGGGAUGGUUCGAGUUCGAGCACCAACGCCGAGGAAACCGUGCCUCCGAGGCCUAGACACGCGUCCACGUUUAACGAUCAGACGAUGCAGUACGUGAGGAGUUUGGAGCAACGGGUGAAACAGCUGGAAGAGGAUAAAAGUGUUCUGCAGGCACGAGCGCAAGGUUGGGAGCUACCGUCCGGCGAGAUUUGGGAGAAUCCGAAUAAUUCCAGCGAGAAUCCGCACUUGGGUGGUCGACCGGAAGCGGUGGUACGGGCUCUUCAGGUUCUCGAAGUCAGGGAACAGCUUGAAAGAGAAGGCGGCCACGACGGCGAAAAGGCUCUGGUCAGAGAAAUGUGUAAUGUUGUCUGGCGGAAGUUGGAGGAAGGUCCACAAACGAGGCAUUGAUUAUUAUUGUACUGUAAACGUGAUUUGUCGUAUCGUAGGGUAAACGUUGUUACACGAAUCGUUUACUCGGGUAGUGCACCUAAUAGUAUUAUAGUAGCUAAUGCAAAUGUUGUAAAUUUCAUAGAUUUAUACGCAUGUACCUACGAGUAUUCCGAUUUAAAAGUCAUUUUGUGUAGUUUGCAGUAUUUAUAUAUGUAA